AUGACAUCAGAAGCACCCAGAGCUUACUUCGCUGAUCCGAAGGAACUGGUCAACUUAGAACCUUCAAGACAGGCAGAUAUGGAGUAUCGCCCUAGUAUGGACGUAAAAAGUGAAUUCAGUGAUGGUGCUUCAGGUUACCGUCGAGAUUCUAACGAAUGCACAGAGUUUUGCAUUGACUGUUUUCUGUGUUUUGGAACGUUUGACGAAUGUUGUCCCUCAUCAGGUGAAGGUUGUCUCACUACGACAGCUACGCUUGUUGGAAACAUAUUGUCUAAUUCCUCUACACAGUCUUAUGAAAGGAGAAGAGCAGCGACUAUUUCUGAAUCGACUUACAACCAACCAGAUUUUGAAGCAGAUCCAUCAUGGUAUUCGGAGGGAAGGUUUUCCUCUGUAUUGAUAUCUAAAAAGCCAUUAACAGAGGGAGGAGUUGAAGAGCAAUUGCUUCUUGAUGUUAUGUCUACAGUUAGUGUUGCAGAUAAAAAUGUAUCAGAACCAAGUACAAGAGUUGUUUCUGAAAGGAUCCUAAGUCUAGAUGAAUCUGAAUUCCCACAAAAUACCCUUGAGAUGGCAGAUGCGGAGGCUAUAAUUACUGAAUCAACUUUGGGAGCUCAUACCUUGUCCCGCAGAGAUUCCAUAUUCAGAGAGACUAUCCCCUCUGGCAAAUCAGAGAUAUCCAAACAUAUGUUGGAGUUCCCUACAAGGAACAGCAAAAGAAAUUGGAUUAUGAGAAGUUUAACACCCUGCAAUACAAUUUUGAUGGUGGUUAUUCUUUUGUUAAUUAUAAUAUUUGUGCCUAUUACCGUUUCUUUCUCUGUUGGGAAGGAAAGCAAAAUUAUUUCUUACUUUCGAAGUGGGGAUAGAACAGCUCUCUUAGAAAAGUUAAACAGUGAAUAUGGAUGGCAGAAGAAACAGAGUCCCCUUUUGAAAAGCACAUUAGCUCCCCGACCACAGCCUGGUCGAACUGGGGUCCAAUGGAGCUAUGAGAAUGGACUAACUCGUACUUCACAAAAGGAGGGAGGAAAUCUUGGAGUCAAAAACUCUUUUGAAGGAAUCAAUGUUGAGUUCAAGGAAGAUAAUGAAAUCAAAAAGUUAAUGAACCUGCCAAAGGUUAAUGGACCCAUAUUUUAUGGUGUGGCAUAUUCUCCUAUGAACGGUAUGGAACCUCAAUGUGGGUUUACAAAACGAGAUGCGCAGUUGGAUUUGGCUUUGGUAUCAACAGUGACAAACAGAAUACGGAAUUAUGGAAUGCAAUGUCUACAAACAAGACAUAUUCUUGAUGCUAUUACAUCCCUUGGUUUGAACUUGACCUUAUCAAUGGGAGUUUGGAUUGGUUCUGACAGUCAAAUAAACGACAACCAGAUGAAUGAAAUGAAGUAUAUCCUUCAAAACUACCCCAGGAGGGUAUUUGAAAGUGUCUUCAUUGGGAACGAGGCCUUAUUCCGGCAAGACCAAACCACCUCGAGUCUCGUAAACUACAUUAACGAUGCCAAAGAGUUUGCUAAAAGCCUUGGGUAUGGAGACUUAAAAAUUGGAACUUCUGAAAUUGGUUCAUUGGUGAAUGACGAGCUUCUCCAGGCAUGCGAUAUCAUAGGUACAAACAUCCAUCCAUUUUUUGGUGGGGAUGUGGUUGAGCAUGGCGCUGAUUGGACUUUGGAUUUCAUAAAGUAUCAAGUAGAGCCUAAGAAUAAAUUUGGAACUGAAAUAGUUGUCACUGAGGUAGGGUGGCCAUAUAAAGGUGGUUCCCAUAAAUCUUCCAUUGCGAGUGGAAGAAACUUUGAGUACUUUCUACAAGAUUGGUGUUGUAAGGCAUAUGAGAGCGAUUAUGCAUGGUAUUAUUUUGAGGCGUUUGACGAGGAAUGGAAGCGAAUAUUCCAUGAAGAUAACAAUAAGUGGGAAACUGAAUGGGGUGUAUUUCAUUCCGAUAGAAGCAUGAAACUCAGCAACUUACAACCAUAUUGCAACUAUAACGAACUUUCAGUACCAUCCUAA